UUCCUCUGUUUCUCCGGUGACAACAUGGAUGUCCAAUUUGGUGGUCCGGCGGUGGCGGUUGCCGGUGGUCUUUCUUUCUUGUUUCUCAAAACUUUUCUGUCUCAUCAACGUGGUAAUCCCAAUCGUGUUCCUGAGGUACCAGGACUGCCAUUGUUGGGGAAUUUGCUUGAGCUGAAGGAGAAGAAACCAUACAAGACUUUUACAAAAUGGGCUGAAACUUAUGGCCCUAUUUACUCCAUUAAAACUGGAGCCACCUCCAUGGUUGUCGUUAACUCUAAUAAUCUUGCAAAAGAGGCCAUGGUGACCAGAUUCGACUCCAUUUCAACCAGAAAGCUUUCAAAGGCUUUAAGGAUCCUCACAGCUGAUAAAACCAUGGUGGCAAUGAGUGAUUAUGAUGACUAUCACAAAACUGUCAAACGCAACAUACUCACUAGUAUCCUGGGACCGGCAGCUCUGAAGAAGCAUCGGGUCCAUAGAGACACCAUGGCCGAGAAUCUUUCAAACCAACUUCAUGCGUUGGCUUCCAUGUCUCCUCACGAAGCUAUAAACCUCAGGAAAAUUUUCCAGUCUGAACUUUUCUCAUUAGCACUCAAACAAGCAUGGGGGAAGGAUGUCGACAGCAUUUAUGUUGGAGAUCUUGGAAUCACCAUGACAAGAGAGGAGGUGUUUCAGGUUCUGGUGCUUGAUCCGAUGAUGGGUGCCAUAGAAGUCGACUGGAGAGACUUCUUCCCUUAUCUGAAUUGGAUUCCCAAUGCCAGCUUCGAAAAGAAAAUAGAGCAAAUGUAUAUUCGAAGAGAGGCUGUGAUGAAGGCCCUGAUUCAAGAACACACAAAACGCAUAGAGUCCGGGGAGAAUCUGAACAGCUACAUCGAUUACUUGUUGUCAGAGGCACGACCAUUAACGGAGAAACAACUCCUGAUGUCACUUUGGGAACCAAUCAUCGAAACAGCAGACACCACUAUGGUCACCACAGAAUGGGCAAUGUACGAACUCGCGAAAAACCCAAAGAAACAAGAUCGUCUCUAUGAGGAAAUCCGAAGUGUUUGUGGGUCAGAAAAGAUCACAGAAGAGAAGUUGUGCCAGAUGCCAUACUUAUCGGCCGUUUUUCAUGAAACUUUGAGAAGGCAUAGUCCUGUUUCGAUAAUCCCAUUACGAUAUGUGCACGAGAACACCGUGCUUGGAGGGUACCAUGUUCCUGCUGGGACCGAGCUUGCAAUAAACAUUUAUGGGUGUAAUAUGGAGAGGGAAAUCUGGGAGAACCCGGAAGAGUGGAAGCCGGAGAGGUUUCUUGCGGAAAACGGACCGAUCGACCUGCAAAGAACGAUGGCGUUUGGAGGGGGGAAACGAGUGUGCGCCGGGGCUAUGCAAGCGAUGCUGAUUGCUUGUGUGUGUAUGGGUCGAAUGGUUCAGGAGUUCGAGUGGAGACUUGAUGAUGAUACCGGAGAAGAUGUGAAUACGCUUGGACUCACAACUCAGAAACUUAAUCCGAUGCGUGCUAUUAUAAAGCCCAGAAAAUAUUGAUUCCUAAAUUAAUGUUAUACAUAUUUUGGUUGUAAUGAGGUUCACAUGCAGACGACUCUCGUUGAUUCUUGAAUUAUAAUA